AUGACUCACGACUGGAUUUCACCGGAUGUUCUAAGAGGUACAAAAAUAAAUACAAUUCAAUUAUCGCAUUCUAAAUCCAUCAAUUUAUACAAACACACAACUUUAAGGUACACUUUUCUAAUGUUCACAAAUGUCAGUAAAAAUGCAUUAAUUAGUGAAUUUUAUUUUUAUUCAUCAGAAUUAUGUGUAGAUAAUGUUGUAUAA